ACACGUGAUGGUAGAAUUAUUUACAGGAAUAGUCUUGAAUUACGGCAUCUUUUAUAAAGUCGUUAAUAAAGGAAUUAGCAGAAAAAUCAGAAUGAAUAUUAGAUAUAACGGUAGGAAGCAUGAGGUGUAGACGCUGCUUCCGAUAUUUGUAAUUCUACCCAGAACUACAGUAAUUAACGACGAUGUACAUAUCUUGAUAAACGACGGAUGCAUUUACGGACUUUGGGACAAAUACAACAAGUUGUUUAUUGAUUUCAGUCAACACUAUAGCUCUGAGAACACAGAGAAACGACGCUAGAGUAGAAGGCACGAUAAAUUAGGCGCUGGUUGUGGUUCGGAAGCAGGGUCCAUUAAGUUUAAAUAAUUCAAAUACUAAUUUUUAAAAAUGAAGUUUAUUUUGGGUAGGGCGAUUGCAAAAAUGUUACGAAAUUUUGUCGCAAAUGAUUAUGUAUUUGUUCGAAGUGCAGUACCUGUGAAUAGAUCAUAUAGUUCUGCACCGCAGGAGAGUAAAGUAGCGGUAGAUGGAAUAAAAAUCAACUAUGUUAAAGUCGGAUGUGGCCCAAAAUCUGUACUCUGCCUCCCAGGAGCAUUAGGAUCAAUAUGGAGUGAUUUCAAGCCACAAGUACAAGGUCUGGACAAGUCUAAAUUCACAGUUAUAGCAUGGGAUCCACCAGGAUAUGGAAAUAGCCGCCCUCCGACCCGUGAUUUCCCACAAGACUUCUUUCAUCGAGAUGCUGACUGGGCAUUGAAACUCAUGCAGACAUUGUCCAUAGACAAGUUCUCUAUGUUGGGAUGGAGUGAUGGUGGAAUUACAGCUAUGAUUGCUGCUGCAAAGCAUCCAGAACAGAUUGACAAGUUGGUGAUAUGGGGAGCAAAUUCUUAUGUCGUUGACCAAGAGGCAAAAAUAUAUGAAAAUAUGCGUGACAUAAGCAAAUGGUCAGAACGUAUGAAAACUCCAUUAAUAAAUCUGUAUGGAGAAGAAGGUUUGUCCGCAAUGUGGACUCAGUGGGUAGAUGCACUUCUUGACAUCUACAAAAAUCAGAAUGGUGAUAUAUGCAAGGGUUAUUUGUCAAAGAUCACCUGCCCCACCUUAAUAGUUCAUGGAAAUAAGGAUGCCAUGUUAGCACCUGAACAUCCUGGAUACCUGCUGAAACACAUUCAGCACAGCAAGCUCCAUACAUUUGAAGAUGGCAAACACAACCUCCAUUUGCGAUAUGCAGAGGAAUUUAACAACUUGGUGACUGAAUUUCUCAUUAAAUGAAUGUGUCUUUCGGGAGAAUGCUAAAUCUUCCUCAGUACUGUUACUUUGCCUGCAAUGGGAUUAAAAUGAAGCAUGAACCUUCAAUACUGCAGUAUAAGCUAGGUGGGUUAUAUUCAAGCAGUUUAACCGGAAUGAUUCUCUCAGUGGGACACUCUUUAGCAAUAGUAAUAAAAAGUCAAUAAGCUUAUAUAUAUUUAGCAUUGUCAUUAUCAUCUCCUUCACCAUCACAUCGCAUCAUCACAAUUCUGAUGUAAUCAUGGAUUUUAUCAAUAUUCAAGUCUUUCAGAGGUAAAAAUAGAUCUCGGUAUGAAAUAAUUGUCUUGGGCAUUUUCUGAAAUGUAUUCGGCGUAGAUUGCAUUCCAGAGAUUACAUCUGGAUUAGUCUUCAAAUUUUUAUUUUUUUACACCACCAGGUAAAAUGAUAAUGUUUGACGUAAUACUCUGAAGGAAGAGACCACGUGGGAAAAUAACACCAAAAUUAAGAUGACUGUCUUCUGGGAUGUUGCACCAUGUAGUCUGGUGGAAGUUUACAAACGUUUCAGUGGUGUUCAUUGCCUCUGUCUUCAAGGCGAUGUCUUGUCACCUUGCUUAUAUGUCUGAAAUGUCAUUAAACGUCCCAGAAGACAGUCAUCCUCAUACUGCAGGGACUUAAAAUUUCACCUAGUUAAAAGUGGUGUGAAAGUAUGUAAGUCGUAGAUAAAACGCUAAAUGUACAUGUGUGGCUGCAGCGUUAUAUUACAUUCUACAAUAAAACUUUAUUUGUCGAAUAUUUUUCAUGGAGCUCUUCAGAAUCCUGGCACUAAUGUCUCACCCACCUCAGAAGUUGGCAUGACCACUACAUUACUGUAUUGCUAGAAGGGAAUUUAAGAGCACAACAGUGGAAUGGCAUCUUCUGGCAUGAUAUCGAUACAAAUUUCAAUGAGAAUUUUUCACUCAGUUUAGAAGUUCUUAUGGAAGAGGGACAGAUGCAAGACUUGGUUCCGUAAUCCUGUCUAUCCUUGAAAAAUAAGGAAAAUUGGCUAAAUUAUGACAAAGGAACACAUCGAGCUAGAAUAAUACAGUCCACUUUAAAAUGUAACUCAGGAAUAAUUCAGGGUAAUUACGCUUAAAUAUAAUGUAGGGUUUCAAAUGGUUAAGAAAACUUACAUUUUGUCGCAGAUGUUUCAGAAAUAAUCUGACUACACGUGAAGUGAUGUUGCCUUUAUAAUUAACGGGACAUACAAGGACACGGCAAAAGGAAAAUAAUUUAGUAUUAGAUACUAUUUCCUGUUAUUUGUGUACAAAGAAUGGCAUUAAAAUUAGCAUGACAUCA